ACCGGCGUGAUCAUCACCAUCCUUAUCAAGAACAAAGCCAAUAAGGACGAGCUGGGUCCGAUGAUGGAGUGGGAGAAGAAGUACAUCGAGUUCAUGGAGCGGUACCGGAAUCCGUUGAUGGACAUAGCCUACACUGCGGAGCGGUCGAUCGAGGACGGGAUCGACGCCAUGUCGGAAGCGGAGAUGUACACCGUGAUCAUUAGCUACGUGGUGAUGUUCGUCUACAUUACGAUCUCUUUGGGGAAGAUCAGCGGUAUCAGGACGUUCUUCAAAGAGUCAAAGAUCAUCCUGGCGGUUGGUGGGAUCGUGGUAGUGCUUGUUUCCGUCGCUUGCAGUUUGGGCUUCUUCGGUUACUUGCGACUGGCCACGACUAUGCUGACAAUCGAGGUGAUUCCGUUCUUGGUGCUGGCCGUGGGCGUUGACAAUAUCUUCAUGUUGGUGCACGCUUUCCAACGCAUCGAUAGGGUGCAGACUCCGGAAACGGAUAGGGCUAUCGGUAAGGCCUUGGGACAGAUCGGUCCAUCGAUCUUGCUGACGUCGGCUAGCGAGUGCUGUUGCUUUGCGAUCGGAGGUUUGUCACCGAUGCCUGCGGUUAACACGUUUGCCUGGUAUGCUACGGUGGCACUGUUCGUGGACUUUGUUCUGCAGAUAACUGCGUUUGUAGCCUUAAUGGCGUUAGAUGAAUGCCGGGUAGCCAGCGGACGACUGGAUCUGUUCUGCUGCGUGAAAAGUGAUAAGACUAUGGUUGGGAAUGAGGAAAUUGGGGUCUUGGAAUCCUUCGUUGGAAAGUACUACGCUCCUUACCUGAUGAAGAAGCCGGUGCGGUUGACGGUGUUGGCCUUCUUCAUAAUACUGUCAUCGCUGUCGUUGAUGGUUGUCCCGAACGUGGAGCCCGGAUUGGAUCAGGAGCUAUCGAUGCCAAAGGACUCCCACUUGGUCAAGUACUUCCAGUUUAUGGCGGAGCUGCUGUGGAUGGGUGCUCCGGUGUACUUUGUGCUGAAACCUGGCCUUAAUUACACCUCGGUGGAGGAUCAAAAUCUGGUUUGUGGAGGAGUGCUAUGCAACGAUGACUCCGUCCAAACGCAGCUGUAUCUGGCUUCUCGAUAUCCGGAGAUAACCCGUAUUGCUCGACCGUCAUCGUCCUGGCUCGAUGACUACAUCGAUUGGUUGAGCAUCGAUAGCUGCUGUCGAUACAACAGCACCGACGGAUCCUUCUGUUUGAGUUCUAAUACCUUCUGCCAAUCAUGCCCCAGAGAGUAUGACGAAACGGGUGUUCGUCCGACGGUCGAACAAUUCGAGCGGUACAUGGAGUUCUUCCUGUCGGACAUUCCGGAUGACCGAUGCGCUAAAGCCGGCAGAGCAGCAUACCUUACGGCACUCAACUACGUUACCGAUGCGAGUGGUCAUCUGAACGUGCACGAUUCGUACUUUAUGAGUUACCACACGACGGUGGUGACCUCGAGGGACUUUUACGAGGCAUUAGAGUGGGCUCGUAAGAUCACCGACGACAUCCAGGAAAUGUUGGAUGAGAAAGGGGCAGGCGUAGAGGUCUUCCCGUACAGUGUGUUCUACGUAUUUUACGAACAGUACUUGACGAUUUGGAGUGACGCACUGCUAUCGCUGGGGCUGUCACUGGCUGCGGUGUUUGUAGUCACGCUCUUGGUCACUGGGUUGGACAUCGUGUUCUCCCUAAUUGUACUUCUGAUGGUGUUCUUGAUUCUGCUGAACAUGGGAGGUUUCAUGUGGGCGUGGAACAUUACAUUGAACGCCGUAUCGCUUGUUAAUUUGGUCAUGAGCGUUGGAAUCGGCGUGGAGUUCAUCUCGCACAUCGUACGGUCGUUCAAGAAUGAAGCAGGCAGCAAUAUUGAAAGGGCAGCUGAAGCGUUGACGAAGACUGGUAGCAGUGUCUUCUCCGGAAUCACGCUGACCAAGUUUGCUGGAAUCAUUGUGUUGGCCUUCGCCAACUCACAGAUAUUCCAGAUCUUCUACUUCCGGAUGUACCUGGGAAUUGUGCUGAUAGGAGCUCUCCACGGACUGGUUUUGCUGCCGGUGUUCCUGAGCUACAUCGGACCUAGAUCUACGAAGCAAACGUUCUUCCGUGCAACUACGGAUCCCGAACCAAAGUUCUCUAUUACAGAAAGCCACAACCUCUAGUCAUAUAGUCGUUAACACAUGUAAUUUAUUCUCCCGACUCUCAAAUGUCAAUACAACUCAAUACUCGUUUCAA